AUGCCCAUCCCUCCGGAUGGAUUGGUCAACUCAGACAACCUUACACACACUUGUGUCACUCUCAAAUUCCUCAAUCCAGAUGAUCUUGUCUCCCAUCUACCACUCUUUACCUGUUAUGCAAAUCUACUCCCACCACUCUCACCUCAAUCACACUAUCCAAAAUUUACCAGGAACCGAAUGACCUGCAGCCCUCCGACCGUCCACCAACCAUUGCGGAUCCUUACAAAUGCCCUCUCCUUAUACCCGCUCUCCAGGUCUUCCAUCGGUCUCUUACCCCCCUUGAGACUCUCGGUCGAACUCGCCGCUGCUCCAUCUGAUAAAUCUCCAAAUCCCGUCCUCACCCAUGUGCUCAGCGAACACCUCAAGAUCAUCUUCAACCUCACGGUCCAUUACCCUAAAUUGGUCUUACACUUCGGCCAGCCCACCUCGCCUACCAUCGGCCAAUCCUCAUUCACCUCCUCUUCAGACUCCAAUGGUUCAAACGACCCACCAGUCUCUCCUAGUCGUCGGGCGAGUCUCAAGACACGUCUUAUGAAUCAGAUUAGUAUCAAGAAGAUUACCCGUCGAACACGAUCAGAAGCUUCGAAUAUCAAGGAACAAGAACCCCUCGAUCAGAUAUCGGCAUACCACGAUGACCAUCGUCCCAGCCAUUCGAAAAAUUCCCGUUCUCCUCAUAACCGCUCCCAUUCAAAAACUAGUAAUCGGGUACCCAGCGUAGAUCAGGACGUAGAAGGUUUGGAUAACGUCAUCGACCCACACAACCACGUUUUUGCUGGACUUCUUCCUCAUCUCGUUCAGUUAUUCCUCCUGGAGCCGAUCCCCAACCCACCCAACCUGAAGCCUCCAUUGACUUCCUUCAUACACACUUUCCUCAACUUUCUACCCUUUACCUCGAGCUUCUUCAUUCAUGAUUACACUUUACCAGAUGAUUCAAAUCGGGAUCCGAAUAUCCCACCGGUGAUUGCUAACCUGGUCAAUCUCAUUGAUCAGGUCACUGAUUACUACUGCCCUGGAGAUCCUGAUGAUCGAUCUACGAAGGAAAAAUGUCAUGCAGACUCCAUCGACCUCGAGGUCGAUCUAACCCAAAUCGUUCUCUUGACGGCCAACCUCAUCUCACCCCAUACUUCCCCUCACCCUUCGACGCCCAUUGGACUAAACAAAAAGAAUCGCGAAGCGCUCAUUGAAAGGGUCGUGCCAAGUAACAUCGAUCGCAGUGUUCCUUUGAAUAAACAGGAUAAUCUGAUUGGCCGUAUUCUGAGAUUGAUGAACUCAGUAGGAUUCGAAUCCCUCAAACAUACUUGUGGGGCCUUUCUAAAUGCAUUAUAUGCGGAGGACACCGAUCGUCUUUCGAGUCAAGUUGGAUAUGGACCGAUUGCAGGCUACUUACUUUCGAUCGGUAAGGCAGGGUUGAAUCCGGAUAGCAAGCAUUCACCGGCGGCCGAGAUUAAUCCGAUCACGGGCACGUACUGGCCGAGUGGCGAGUCGAGCGAGUCGGCUCAGUCGCCGAUGACUGAGUUUGAGAAGGAGCAGGAAGCCGAACGGAUGUGUUCGCUGUUCGACCGGAUGAAUAGGAGCGGUAUCAUCUCCGCAACUGAUCCGAGGAAACUGGCAGUCGAAUCGGGCAGGUUUCAGGAGAUCGAACAGUCGGUUAAUGCCGAAGGAGAUGAAGAAGAAAAACUCGAGGAGAUGAAAGCUCUAAGAGAACUUGAACUAUAUAAAGAGAGAAAAAAUAAGAAGAACGUCGAUCACUAAAUAAGCGGUCUGAAUUCGUUUACCCAUUGUUUAUUUUUAUGAUCGUUGUUGAGAGAAACUGAUUGAGCCUUGAAGGAUUACAUACUCAAUUUCCUACUGAUUACAGUCACCUGAAAUCCAUCAUCUUUCUAUUGCCCCUUUCCCCCACACCAUUCCGCCGGACGCUAAGUGCUUCGAUCGAUCAUGUAACCUUUUUUCCCCCUUCAAUCCUUAGCAAGUUUUGGUCCACGUCUCUCUUUCAUGUGUACACAAUUGUCUUGUGGUGAUAUCUCCCCUUUUAGUAUCAGUAGCUGUGUCCAAGUUUGAACUAGAUUCCGUUGACCGACUCAUCCUUUCUCCUCUGUCCUCUCUCUCUCUCUCUCUCUCUCUGUUCUCUUUCCACAACCAAAUUAUAUAUGUUGUAUGUACCGUUGUUAAUUGGACCAGAUAAGGAAGGAAGAACACUCUAAAUCUUGGGUCUCAAUACAUAUGUAACCUAGUUGACGGGCUCAGAGAAGAGUGCUAAAAUUAAUAAAAACAAGC